GCCGCCGCGCAGGACACCAGCAACUCGGGAAGCGAAGGGCGAGCCGACCAUGGGCACCGGCAGCAGCUCCAAGGCGCCGCCGCAGCACCUGGUGCGUACGAGCGUCGCGCACACGGGCGGCGUGAACUGCAUGAGCGCCGGCGAGGACGGCGCGCUGCUGCUCACCGGCGGCGAGGACGGCUCGGCGGCCCUGUGGGACGCGGAGGCCCCGCAGGGUCAGGGUCGCCGGGCCACGCUGCGAGGCCACGAGGGGUACAUCACGCACUGCGCGCUCGCCGCCGACGGCGUCCGCGCGUUCACGUGCUCCGCGGACCGCACGGCGCGCUGCUGGGACGUGCAGAGCGGCCGCUGCCUGCAGGUGUACCGGGGCCACGCGGGCGUCGUGAACAGGGUCGUGCCGUACGCCGGGUGGCUCUUCAGCAGCUCGUACGACAAGACGGCGCGCUGCUGGGACGCGCGCACCGGGGACGCGCUACGCGUCUUUGCCGGCCACAGGAGCUGCGUGCUGCCCCUGGCCUUGUACUGCCCUACGGGGCAGCAGCAGCAGCAACAGCGCGAAGGGCAUGGGCGAGGAGCGUCAGGAGGCUCUGAAGGAUCGAGGAAAUCUGGGGGAACAGAGCGGCAGGUGCGCGCGGACGCGGCUGCGCGCUCCUCGCCCAAGUCCAGAAGCUCCACGUUCAUCCUGGAGGUGCGCAGAGCUGAUCCCGGGGACACCAACAUCGCGUCCUCGAAACCCACACCAUCGUCGUCACCGCCACCAUCGUCAUCAUCACCACCAUCAACAAUAGCACCAUCGUCAGCGUCGUCGUCGUCGUCGUCGUCAUCUUCAUCGGACCCAAAGGGGGAGAGGAGGUGCUCGUCGGCGGCUCUCGCCGCCCUGGAGGAGAACACCACGCUGCUGCUGAUGUCGGGGAGCGUGGACGGCACCGUGCGCCUGUGGCGGCUGUCGAGCGGCGCCUGUGCGCGCACCUUGAGGGGACACCAGGGCCCCGUCCUGUGCCUGGCCGUGGACGCCUCGAACGGCGCCCUCUACUCGGGCGGGGCGGACGGGACGGUGCGCAAGUGGGACCUGCGCAGUGGGCAGCAGCUGCGCUCCUACACGGAGCACACCGACCUGGUCAUAUGCCUGCAGCUGGCGAACAGACACCUGUAUUCCGGCAGCUCGGAUGGCACCGCUCGGCGCUGGCUGUCAGAGGUCGGAGGUUGCGCCCGCGUCUACCGGCCACACAAGCACACCGUCAGCACGCUCAGAUGCCACGAUGGCAUUUUGUUUACAGGCAGUGGAGAUACAUUGGCCCGAGCAUUUGAUGCAAGGUCUGGUGCCCUGAAACGCACAUUUAAAGGCCACACGGGGAUCAUCAACUGCCUGGAGGUGGUAAACGGAAAUCUGUUCACGGGCUCACACGAUGGUACGCUACGCAUAUGGGAGGUGCAGAGCCUCUAUGAGCAAGAGAAGCCCCCUGAACGUGAGCAAAAGAAGGGAGGACUAAAGGGUCUAGCGCCGAGCAACAAGGUGGGAGGACUGCCCGAGACACAAGUGGCCAUCUCUGUGGGCUGGCCUGACGGGCAGAACCCUCCCGAGCACCUCUCCGAGCUCGGCCUGCAGCGUCAGAGAGAGAUGGCCGAGCGCGAGGCCAUGCAGCUCGUGUGAGCCAUGGAGCCGGCGUGCUACAACAGUUCUUUCGGUUACUGCCGCGCUCUCGACGAUGGCGCGAAUGCCCUUCAGACACCGCUGCAUACCAAUGCUUGUAUGCAUUAACAGUACAAAAAAUAACUCAGAAGGCUGCGCAAUGUGAGAAAGAAUAAUUCCCCGACACCGACUGAAAAUAUAUGUUGCGUAUAUGUCCGUCUCGAAUGUGUUGUCGGGUUGUACCAGACUGAUUUCUGGCAUGUUGUUGCAAGCGCUGGGAGCUCCUCCAGGAACUAUUGGUCAGCACCAACAGCAAAAAACAACGUAUGCAGUUGAGUUUAUUCAUUACCUUGACAAAUUUACAGGUUUAAGAAGAGUCGGUAAAAGUGAGUCAACCCAUCAAAUUCAAAUAAUGUACUGUAUAAUGGACUCGGGCCAUUGUAUUCGUAGAUAUGAAGCAAACACAAAUAAAGUAGGUUACAAAUGCAUUCCACAAUCACAGCUUAUAACUUAUAAUAAAUAUAGAGUCUCAUCAGUAUUUUUAGUAUUACUUUAUAGAACGGUUUAAGCCGCUCGCCAACAUCACUGUGGGUGUCAUCUCUUCCACGGUUUACAUGGAGUUAAGCAGGUGAGAGGCACACCACUUACCACAUCACGGUUCGCUUACAAAUGCAUAUUUUCCCUCAAGCUUAAUAGUGAAAAGUAUCAAAAGCGUAAAGAAAAAUUACUCUAAAAAUUAACAACUCAACAGCACGAUUCAUAAUUUGUUUCUUUUAGGUCAGGUCGUGUCAAAAUGUGUCGCAAACCCUCAUCCACCUGACACUGCCAGCCAAUAAAAGUGCCACGUGAAUUGAACGUGGCCAAAUGUAUUACUGCUUUAGCAGCACCACCAGUGUCAUUGUCGGAGAGUAAUUUCCACAUGUAAACGGAUGCGACGUUCCGCUGGAGAUUACAUCCAGCGUCAUCAGCUUGUUAACAGGAGCUCAGGUCUUGAGAUCUCAGCGAAUCUCCAGCGAAAUGUCAAAAUGUCGAAUCCAAUUAAACGUUAUGAAACCAAUUAUGAAUCACAAUAUUGGUCGUGAAAACCUACGUAUAAAAUUAACAGUAUUUUCAGUUAAGAUGUUUUCAGCUAUCUCACUGAAACCCACAAGAGGUUUACCACUACAAAAAUCUGUAUUUAAUGAGUAGUGUUCUUCUCUCAAGUGCACUCAAGCGCCAAGUAUGAAUAAUACAAUGUGUUCCAUGAUUGAUAGGCACGUGUAAUUGUUUAUUUCAGUGCUGAAUCAAAGAACACAUCUGUCGUGCUCCUACAUAAUGCUGUUGGACUGUUGUCAUGUUGUGCUUUGGUGUAAGCGUCUUCCCGGUUUACUCUGGGUUACGACAAUGUUACCGUGGUGAGUGAAUGCAAACAACAUUGACAAAGUGCGCAACAACGCUCAGGUGGAUGAAUGUGCAAAUAACCUGGCCAGACCAACUGAUAUUUCGGCAAACAAAGUCCGAGGUGGCCAGUGUGUCUUUUCAGCAAUGCGCUUACAAGUACGAUAGUAUUUAAAACGAUAUAUGUUAUUUAUUCCCUAAACAAUGCAUGACACAACCACGAAUUGCUAUUUUAUGUUUUGUAGUUGAAUCGGGCCGCCAUUGAUGUCUCACGAUUUUAAUUGGCAGCGUCACUUUUACGGAUCCAAAAGGGCCUUCAUGAAACGGUAAUUGAUGUUGAUAAACUGAGACAAAAUGUAUCUUUCAUACUUGUAAAAUGGUUGUACAGUAUUCUUUGGGUCUUUCGGUGAAGUCACGUAGAUAGGUUCAAAGAAAAUAACAAAAAACGACGUUUCGAUCACAACAAAACCAAUCGUCAUCCUGAUGACGAUCGCUUGUGUUGUGAUCGAAACGUCAUAGUUUUUGUUAUUUUCUUUGAACCUAUCUACGUGGCUUUACCGAAAGACCAAAAGAAUAUGAAUUCCUGCAGUCACGAAAGCUUUAAGUCAAGAUUUGGCUGUACAGUAUUUGACAUGUGCAACGUGCCCGCUGAGACAAGGGCUUUGAAAUAUUCAACUAACUGGCCAGGUUGAGAUCAAGGACACCCCCUGAUGUAACGUCCAUCAAAAGCAAUGUAAAGCCCGACGCUUGACAGUUUUUUUGCUGUCAACAGCCGCAACUUAAGAUAUCUACAGCAGGCGUUAUUCGAAACCUGCGUCGGUGGUGAAAGUUUUUCAAGCAUGUGCAUUACAGCUCCUGUCUUGCAAAAAAAAAAAUAUGGCUGUCACACUGCAGAUAACAUCACUCUUUGGUUCUUUCGGUAAAGUCACGUAGAAAGAAAUGUAAUUAAAUAAUGAAUAGUUAUAUAAUUCAUUUAUUUCUACGUGACUUUACCGAAAGAACCAAAUAGUAAUUCCUACAGUCACGAAAGCUUCGAAUCUGUGCAGAUAACAUGUUUAAUUUAUACUUUGUUAUACCUUUUUGUAAUCAGUUUAUAUUGUUUUUUAAUCUAUACAUGUACAUUAGUCUAAGCCUAAAUAUUGUUGUUGAAAUACUUUGUUGUGUUUUGUGGUACAAAAAACAAACUACAGUAUGUCUGUUGUAAAAAUGUAAAAUUGCAAUUUGACAUUUUGCAUUCACAGCACCUUUUGCUUAAUUUCCAGGAUACCAACAUUCAAUACCUCAUACAUUUGUUGAUGGGGGUUAGGUAAAUGAUUGGAUUGUUCCAUAUGUAUGACGCAUUUCUGCAGCAUUCAUUUGAUUUAAAUGCAGGGGGAAUAGGGUUCGUUUUGGUAAGGAUGUAGUUUAUCUGGAAAGUACAAACGUGACCGUGGAGAAUUGGGUGUCAGCGCUGAUUUUACAUUUCCAUAUUUUACCCGCAUACAAGCAAAACACCAAAGCAUCACUAUACAUAUACAACAUUUUCUUAUUUAAUUUUAAACUACGGAAUGAGGUAAUUUCCUUUUACAAAGAGUGUGCCGUUGAUUCAUCUUAACUAACAAUGCAGCUUGAAAAUACCUUGAGGACAAAAAGGUAAAUAAAACCCUGAAACUCAUUUCAUUGAAUCAGUGUUAGAUUUAAUACGCAAUUUUUCAUUGUCAAACAAACCCAUUUAUCAGAUUAUUGAAUAUGCUCAUGAUGCGUUUAGCUUGGGGGUUUAAUAUCCAAUAUUAUUACUGCUUAUUUAAAUCCAAGUUUGGUUUCUAUGUUUGGCAAUCCUGAAUACAAAAUUGUCGCAUGAGCUCCAACUAAAACAUUUUGAUUAACUGCGCAUGUAAUUAAUCCAUAAUUAACACGUAGGCUUU